GGCCCCGUGUACCCACCGCCGCCGCUUUGUUCUUCCCUUUCCCUUCUCGGCUGGCUGCCUGGCUCUCCUCCCCAAUCCCCCAGGCUCCCACCAGCCACCACCACUCUCCAUUCCUCCUCCCCCCCCUCGCUCCUCUGACCCGGAUGGCGGCGCCGCACGAAUCCGGCCCGGCAGCCUAGCGCAGCUCGGGCUCGGCCCGGGACCCAGGCUCCCGCCGCGCCGUUCCCCGCAGUCGUCAGCUCCUACAGCCAGCCCGAGAUCUUUCUGUUCAGCUAGCUAAGGGAGAUGCUUGUCCAUCUCUAGGAGAUCCUGUUUGGUACUUCAGCAGUGUUCUUUCCUUCUGGAGUAGAUGUCAUUUCGUAGCAUCGUGCGUGAUGUGAGGGAUGGCUUCGGGAGCUUAUCUAGGAGGGGAUUCGAGGUCAGGCUUCUGGGUCAUCGCAGAGGGAAAUCUCAUGGCGCUGUCCAUGAGCUGCAAGACCCCGUGCCUGUGGUACAGAGCAGCUGCUGGGCUAGCUUGCCUCCUGAACUACUUCGAGAUGUGAUUGAGAGGUUGGAGGCCAGUGAGGAUACAUGGCCGUCUAGGAAGAAUGUGGUUGUUUGUGCAGCCGUCUGCAGAACAUGGAGAGAGAUGUGUAGAGAGAUUGUCAAGAGCCCAGAGUUUUCUGGGAAGAUCACUUUUCCUGUUUCCCUGAAGCAGCCUGGACCUCGAGAUGGGACUAUCCAGUGUUUCAUUAAGAGGGAUAAAUCUACACAAAUCUACUACCUGUACCUUUGUCUUAGCUCAACCGUGCUUGUCGAAAAUGGCAAAUUCCUUCUGUCAGCAAAAAGAAACAUCCGUCCAACAUGUACAGAAUAUAUAAUAUCAAUGAAUUCUGGCAAUGUAUCUAGGUCUACCAAUACCAACACAUACAUUGGGAAAUUGAGGUCAAAUUUCCUUGGCACAAAGUUUGUAAUCUAUGAUACUCAGCCACCAUACAAUGCAGCUAGUGCUACACAGUCAGGGAAAACAAGCCAGAGAUUCUACUCCAAGAAGGCAUCAACAAAGGUUUCUCGCAGCAGGUACAGCAUAGCACAAGUCUCAUACGAGCUGAAUGUCUUGGGAACUCGAGGUCCAAGGCGGAUGAACUGUGUAAUGCACUCCAUACCAGCCUCAUGCCUUGAGGCCGGUGGCAGUGUCCCUUGCCAGCCAGAUAGCAUUGUUGCCCACUCUCUUGGCGGAUCCUUCAGCAGUGUCUCUUUGUCAAAGUCAUCUGUUAUGGACCAUUCUAUGCAUUUCAGCAGUGCCCGGUUCUCUGACGUUGCAACAGGCUUGGGCCUAGGGAGUGAAGGCCGGGCAUUGUUUGACGAUGAAGAGUGCAAUGACAGGCCUUUGAUCCUCCGCAACAAGGCUCCAAGAUGGCAUGAGCAACUUCAGUGCUGGUGCCUCAACUUCCGUGGCCGGGUGACCGUCGCCUCGGUCAAGAACUUCCAACUGGUCGCGGCGACACAACCUGCCGCGGGAGCCCCGACCCCAUCCCAGCCAGCCCCAGCACCUGCGCUGGAUCAAGACAAGGUCAUACUGCAGUUCGGGAAGGUUGCCAAGGACAUGUUCACCAUGGACUACCGCUACCCACUGUCAGCAUUCCAGGCCUUCGCCAUCUGCCUGAGCAGCUUCGACACCAAGCUGGCCUGCGAAUAAAAUUCACCCACCGGUGCUUAUCGCAAAGAGACCGAUGUAUGGUGUCUUUAUUAUCUUCAAUGUAGUUGAGUGCCCCCAAGUUUAGCUGGGGACUCCAUUCUGCUGCAGGUGGUGGUGCUUUAUUGACUCAGAAACAGCCCCAGAAAUGCAUGGGGCUAGGCUAUUUAGUGUUUCAGCAGAUCAUCCUGCUGAUAAUCUGUAGCUGCUGUUAUUCCCAUCCCAUUGGAUGCUGUAGCAUGUUGUACUUCAUCACAUUUCUCUUCAGUCCUGUAGCUUUGCCCUGUAACAGUAAUUCUGUAUGCGUAUUUGAAUGAUUUUAGCUUUCAUUGGAUCGUUCGUCAGGACGUAUUGACACUGACAGAGACAGUUACAAUAAUCCUAGUGGAUUCCAGUCUGGGUUACUA